CUGAUACCGGUUUGGGAAACGAUUGCGAGGUUGGCUGCAAAAUCGUGUGUGAAGUUGCUCGUGGUUAGCCUUCACCUACCAGCACUCAAUUUCCCUGCGAUAGACAGGUCACCAUGACUGGUAUAAAAAUGCAAAAUGAUCCCAUCGUUCACGGCGGCUGUUUUCCGAUGUAGCCGUCACUCCAUACAACAGCAAGAUACCAUCCAACACAGCGCUUCCUCCCGCAAGCCGACGAGAAGCACAGGCGACUUGUUGCUAUCCACAAAAUCAACCCACACACAGGCAUCACCAGACAUUCGACAUGCUGUUUUCCAACCCCCUCCUAGCCGCCACGCUCCUGGCGACCCUGGGUCUGGCGCACCCGCUGGCGGCAGAGGACGCCCAGCCACCGCAGCUGGACGCGCGCCAGUCCCGGUCAACAGAGAACGCGCAGGGCUGCGCCGACAUGAUCAUCGUGUUCGCGAGGGGCACGACCGAGGGCGGCAACGUCGGCACCAUCGUCGGCCCGCCGCUCCUGGCCGCCGUCAAGCAGGCGGCGGGCGGCAGGACGGUGGCCAUGCAGGGCGUCGACUACCCCGCCAACAUCCCGGGCUUCCUCGCCGGCGGGGACAGGCAAGGCAGCGCCGAGAUGGCCAAGCAGGUGCAGAGCUUCAUCGCAAAGUGCCCCGGCAGCCAGGUCGUCAUGUCGGGCUACUCGCAGGGCGGGCAGCUGGUGCACAACGCGGCCGAGCAGCUGCCGGCGGCGGCGCUGCAAAGGGUCAGCAGCGCCGUCAUCUUUGGCGACCCCAAGAACGGCCAGCCCGUGGCGGGCCUGGGUCAACAAAAGACGCUCGUCAUCUGCCGCCAGGGCGACAACAUUUGCGACGGCGGCAACCGCAUCCUGGCCCCGCACCUGCAGUACGGGCGCGACGUCGGCAAGGCGGCCGAGUUUAUGGUCGGGCAGGCCGCGUGA